AUGAUGUCUCCCAAGACCCUCUGUAGCAUGUCCUGCAUGCUGCUUUCCUGCCUGAUGUUCCUUUUAGGUUUAAUCCUUCAGCUCUUUUCUACCAUUUCCGAGUGGGCUUUUAAUAUCUUUUCCAUUCUGUCCUUCAAGCAGCUACUCUGCCAGAUGCAUUUCUCAGGACACCUGGCAUUUCUUCUCAGUACAGGUGAAACUACCUUCGUGUCUUCCAUGGUGAAGAAUAUUUUGACCAUCUACCAACAGAUCUGGACUGUAUUCCAUGAUCCCAUACAAGGUACAUUACCCAAUGGAAGUGGAUGGAAGUGGAGCAGCUCUGAUGUGCUGACCUAUUAUCAUGGGAAGAAGAACCCCUCUGGUGUUACAGACUGUGGCUACUGUGUGCCUUUUUCUCUGGUCACAGUUCACAGAUUCACCUGCCCCAUUCACUUUACUUCUUGUCUCUCCACAAGUUAUCAGAAGUGACGAGAUUAUAAUUGUGAAAUGCUAUUUACCUAUGUCAGGAAAUUCAAGGGUUAA